AGUUUCUAUGAAAAGUUGAAACUAGUCCAUAUUGGAUGGAAAAUUGGAUCCAAUAAUUUCAGCAUGAUGUCAUUUUGCUGAGUUGGCUUGCGAAUAGCGACAACCGCCGUCAGUCUGCCGUAACGUGGCGGCGCUACGCUCGUGUGUGCCUGCCGCAGGAGUGGCCGUGGAACUGUCAUUGUUCAUGUAGUUUUCUGUGAUAAGAAUUACUGUGAAAUUAUAGUUAAGCGAACUUAAUUUAUUAAAACAAUAACCAUGUCUACGUCGGGCGAAUUCGGUAACCCCUUGCGCAAGUUUAAGCUCGUAUUCCUGGGCGAACAGAGUGUGGGAAAAACGUCGCUGAUCACUAGGUUCAUGUACGAUAGUUUUGACAACACGUAUCAGGCGACUAUCGGUAUAGACUUUCUCUCCAAGACAAUGUAUCUGGAGGAUCGCACAGUGCGACUGCAGCUGUGGGACACGGCGGGGCAAGAGCGGUUCAGAUCGCUCAUACCUUCCUACAUCCGGGACUCCACUGUAGCUGUCGUUGUCUAUGAUAUUACCAACGCAAACUCAUUCCACCAGACGUCGAAGUGGAUCGACGACGUACGCACGGAGCGUGGCUCCGACGUCAUCAUAAUGCUGGUGGGCAACAAGACCGACCUGUCGGACAAGCGGCAGGUCUCCACCGAGGACGGCGACCGCAAGGCCAAGGAGCUUAAUGUCAUGUUCAUAGAGACUAGCGCCAAGGCUGGUUAUAAUGUUAAACAGUUAUUCCGGCGGGUAGCGGCUGCCCUGCCAGGCAUGGACUCAGCGGAAAGCAAGCCUCCAGAAGACACUGUGGACCUGCAGACCCAGUCGCCCAUGGGCUCGGAGCAGGAGGGCAACGAGAGCGGCUGUGUGUGCUGAACCCGUGCCACCUAUACCUCCCCGCCCCCGCACCGCUUCACGGAGCCACGCCCUCCAGGAGGAACAAUGACACAAUUGGUACCACGCGUCGUUAAGAAACUUUAGUUUAUUUAUAUGGUUAAUCCCUUUUUAUUAUAUUCCAUCGAGCUUAACGUUGGCUUCAAAAGCCUGCUCCUAAAAUCGUGAAAGAUCUCAGGGUUCAUUCAAUAUAACUCCACUUUGUGAUUGUGACGUCAAACUAGGCAGCUCCUAUACUCGUAGGUACGAUUUCAAAGUCAUAGAGAAUGAGAGUAGAUUAUGUACAUUAUUUGUUAUAUUCUUUCUAUUUAUUUUAAUGCAAAGGCAUACACCUGUGCGUAUCCUGCGUGCGACCUAUCACACUACAGACAUAUUUGAGUGAUUGCUUGCACGCAGAACGCGGACGCCACCGUGGAAACCAGCUUGACGCCUUAAUGCGUACAGUACGAUUCAAACGUAAUUGCGCCCCUGAAAUUUGCUCACCACAUACAUUUUGGGUGUCCGGUGUAGCGGGGAGGGUAACAGCGCACGUCUGCUAACUUCACGCAGACGCAUUUAAGUUUGAAUUGUACAGUACAUAGUCGCUAAGUAUAUUUAUUAUAAUAUCAAGAUGUUCAUGUUUAAAAUGAUGUCGCAAAGAUGGCUGCGCUCGUUGAUCCGCUAUUAGAUCGGUUAUGUAUUGUAACGUGCUAGGGUUCAAUAAUUUGUAAUAAGAACACCUGAUGACUCUGGUAAGAAUUUAAUCUACUAUGCAGAACAAAGUUCCAGAACACACUUUCAAUCGCAGGUAAAUCGUUAUCAAGAAUGGUACUAGGUAUAUUUCAAGUAUCAUAUCGAUGUUACUUCACUUAGAUAAAGACAAAAGGAACGAUCUAGAAAGUCUAGAAUAUCUAGAAAGAUCUAGAAGCCUUUCGAAGUUCGCUUAUACUCGGAAUCACAUUGUUGCAUCGUAAGUACUUUUCACGUUACCUAAGUAUCUACUAUCAUUAUUAUGGAUUAUGAACAACGUUCCUAGUAUUAAGGGUCUAUGUAACAUUAUUACCAACACAAUUUCUUAAGGGAAAAACAAGCGCAGAUGUCAAAUUUUGUCCUGCGGUGUCUUACAUUUCGCGUACGACCAAUCACAAGACGCGCCGGUCUUGAGUAAGUGAUGUGAUUGGUCGCAUGCAAGUUGACCGCCUCCUGUCAGUUGCCGCAUUUGCUCGCAGUGUAAACGUGCAUUUUCAUUGAUCCUCAGAAAACAACAUCGGUACGGGAGAUAUCUAAAAAGCAUGCCGUAAAGCAAGAAAUAUUGCCAAUGAUCCGAAUACGCCUAAUAAUAUAACCUGUGUGCGGGGAGCCUUAGGCAUUAGGGAACCUUUUUCAUUUGUUGGGAGGGACGCGUUUGGAAGUUAAUAUGAAUUAUCGACUUGUUAUAUUUACUCUCUCCUCCUAGAAUUAACCGCAUGCGGGAUAUGGAAUUGCGCUAAAGUGAUAUUAGGCAAUGAUUUUGUACGCAUGCAGAUACUUAGAGCCCCUAUUAUAAGUUAAAUUGUUUUUGGUAUUGUUUUUAUUUAUGGUAUGCCAGGCAAGCAGUGAUAAAAUUUAAGUAAGUAAAUAAAGUUUUUACACAACAUACCAUGAAGUCUGCCAUGGCUAAACCUAGUGAUUUCACAGCACAUUUAAAUCAAUUUCAUUUAGCUGCGAUGAUGCCGUUUGCUCUCUGUAAAACUUCCGCCGAAUGCCAUGCACUGAAAAUUCGAGCGCCCCAGCAUGCCUUGAACCUUAGAACCAGCGAGGAUGCUAAUCUUAGCUGAGAAUUAGGUAGGUAAUAGCCUAAAAGAUAUUUCUUAUUUAUCAUAAAUGCCAAUAGAGUGCCAACAGCCUUUUAGAGUAUGGAAUAUAAUUAAAUAAUAGGUAUGUAAAUGUAUUAUACAAUAAGCAUAAUCGACGGAAAUGCUAGUUCACUUAUUAGAUAAAUCAAUAGCACUCAUCCUCAAGUUAAGUUUUGAAUAAGAUACAUAAUCUAGGCUUAGCUAAUUGAUUAAAAAUAACCUAUUUUAUUAUUCGUCUUCAAAUGAAUACCCCAGCAUAGCAUCCUCGGUCAGCUCUCGCACGUUUUCAUUGGUUGAUAGAAAACGCAUUCGGUUUGUGAGGAUUUCAAAAAGGCAUGCCAUAAGACGAACGUUUGGCAAGUGAUUUUCAUUGGUAGUUAAGUAACGAAUAUGGGAUGGAGAAUGUUUCUAAGAGGUAUUCCGAUGAUUUGAAAUUUUAACUGGUAAAGACACUGCCUGGCAUGCUGUGUAUAGACGACCUUAUUUCAUUGGUCGUUAGCGUUGCGGGGAGUCCCCGCUCGAUGUUUAUUAACGGAGUUAUGGAACGAUUGAACUACAGUUAACACGCGUUAUUGCGUUCCGCUGAUGAUACCUAACACUAACUUAAUUUUAGAGAUUUAAUCUUCUUCUAUAGUGAUUACAUUAAUAUGAAGCACAAUUAGUAUUUUAACUUGCUAGUUAAUAUAUUUAAGUUUCGUGAGCAGUGACGUAACAUGAUAUGGCGGUGGUUUUAAUUAUACUAUUUCGUCUAAAUCGGCCUCACGGGUUUUAAACAAAUUGGGCCUUAUUAGAAUUUUGUUAGCAAUGUUUUGUCAUGCAUACUUAAACUGACAGCAUCUUUCAAAUGUCAGAUUGUGGAAAGCUCUGCGAACUAUUCCGAAGUAAUGCCACGUUUGUAAAUAAAUAUGGCCCAUUAUGUUUAAGGCUUUGUCUUAUUUAUAAGUUUGAUCAUGUAAGUGACGUCUACCGUUGGAAAUAGGUUUUAUGCAGGGGUUCCCACACAAUCUUGUUUUGUGUGUAGUCUUGCGCUGUGCGUUUUUAUCAAGUGAGUGAGUCCCUGACCCCUGUGAGUCUUUAAUUAUUGUUUUCUUACUUAUUUAUUUGAUAAACCAACAAAGCUUAGUUUUCUAUCCUUCAAUACUACCAUAUUGUUACGUCACUGUAUUGUAAGUUAGACAUAAAACUGAGCCCUGAUUCUCUUUUGCUUUCUAAUCCCAUCAAUUAAAACAACAAGUUUGUGAUAUAAAUAUUUGACAGUAGGUAAAUGAACGAAGUCAAAUUUCUAUCACAAAUGUAAGGGGACGGUUAUGUUUUCAAUGCCGUGGAAAAUCAGGGGGUAAGUAAACAGGUUCGGUACUAUAGGACGGUUGGAAUUUCAUCAAAUUUGUAACUUUUAAAUAGAAAUUAUUCAUUAAAAAUAGAGUUCACUGCCGAUGUAGAUCAGAUUGUUUUUUUAUUAUACUUAUUACACAGACGCAAUGAAAGGAUAGACGGAAGCGUUUAAUUAAAUUACUUCACGGUUUUCUGAUGAAGAAGAAAGAAAGGUUACCCACCUUUUUGCAGUAUAUUAAUUAACUCUUAUGAAAAAUGUGAUUGUGGAACUUCUUCAGCACCACCCGGCCUAGACAAUAGUAAUUUGUGAUAGAGGUGUACGAAUGGGAGUAAAAAUGGCGGGGACACUCGACCAACAAAGUAGGGAACGAUUUUGAAUGGAAGAGAUUUAAUCAAAACCGUUAACUUAUAAUAAGUUGACAACUUGGAUGAUGAAUGGAUUUGAAAAAAAAAAUAUUCGCAGAUAUAGGCCUACACUACACUACACAGGCGAAUUAUCUGUAAACCCCGCUAUAAUGCAAUUCGUCUUUUGUUUAAGUUUGCCCCAUUUUAACGAUGCCGUAAGAAAACAGUACGUAAAUCCGGGAUAAAUAGUACUACUAUUUAUUCCGGAUAGUACUACUUUCAGGAAGAUGUCUAGAAAAGCUUUUGAUGCUACAAGAAGCAAACAUUGACUAAAAUUUUGAUGACAUAAAGUCAUUCGUUCAUGGUGCACUGUUCAUUCGAUCGUGUUAUAUUAAGGUUAGUGCUACUACGGUAAUGUUUAUGUAGCACAGUCUGUUUUCAAAAAUAAUCCAUUCCGCUAUUGUCUGGGUUGUAUAUAUUGGUGCCCCACUGCGUUCUAUCUUCUGUUUCUCUCUAUCUUUUCCUUGAGUCUGUGAGUCUUAUUAUAGAACCCGUAUUUGUUAUUCAAAUAAGAGGGAUUGUGAGAAAAAGUUUUUUAUAGUGUUUUAUAUGCAAUAAUAUAAUGUAAUAAAAUCGAAUUGUGGUAAAGUAAGGAAUACACGUUCUCAUGCAACACGCAAUGUGCUUUAGCUUCAUCAAUAGGAAUACGAUUGUUUAACGAAUAUUCGAAAUUAGCAUAAUG